UGACAGUACAGGCGCGAGAGGAGGUUUCCGCUUUAAUGCGGCGCUUUCAGAGGGGAGAAACUAUCCCACCGCGAGAGGGCGUCUCAUGGUUGAGGCGUCUUGAUGACAAGCUACGGGGGAUUUACGCUGCUGUUACGUGUAGACGGUCUUCGGAUGUUGCACUUCCUCCUCCAGCACAUCGUCCGCCACGUCCCUCUGUACAGCAUUCAGAACCACGACCCUCUGUGCAACGUUCACAACCACGACCUUCUGUGCACCGUGCAGAACCUCAUCCUUCACAGCCAGGGAGCUCUUCUAGGCAUGAGCCACCUCCUUCACAGCCAGGGAGCUCUUCCUGGCAUGAGCCACCUCCUUCACAGCCAGGGAGCUCUUCCUGGCAUGAGCCACAUCCUUCACAGCCAGGGAGCUCUUCCUGGAAUGAGCCACCUCCUUCACAGCCAGGGAGCUCUUCCUGGAAUGAGCCACCUCCUUCACAGCCAGGGAGCUCUUACUGGCAUCAGCCACCUCCUUCACAGCCAGGGAGCUCUUACUGGCAUCAGCAGAUGGAACUAGGCGGCAACCUGUCGCAACCGUUCAUGCAUUCAGAGCAGUCACCCAUCCUUAGUGGUGGUGCUGAUUACUUUGAGGGCGACCGCGAGGAUGAUGACCAUGCUACAAACAUUUAUGGCUUCUCGCAGACAGUGUUUCACACUCCACCACCACCACCGACGCAGGAGACACAGACCGUGACAGACGAGGUUAACUAUGGUCGUGGUUAUCGCGAGCCUCGUCCACCGCCUCAGCGCUUAUCGCCUUCCGGUCCUCGCCCGAGGAAGACCCAGACUCGUCGCCGUCCCCCGCAGUGAUAUGCUUAUUAUCUAUGUAUGACUCAUUAUCUAUGUUAGUUUCAGACUAUUCGCAUAUGCUUAUUAUCUAUGUAUGACUCAUUAUCUAUGUUACUAUCGCACUUCCUUCUAUCUGAU